AUGGCAAUUAAGCAAGACCCUAAGGUCAAGUCUUUUGAGACUCGACUGUUCAUCAAUGGAAAGUUCGUAGACUCGUCUGAUGGCGGUAAAUUCGACCUCGUUUCUCCUACCACGAAUGAAAAGUUCGCAGAAGUCUCUGAGGCAACCGAAGAUGAUGCGAACGCGGCUGUGGCAGCAGCAAAAGCUGCAUUUCCCGCCUGGUCCGCUCUCUCACCCUCUGCUCGAGGUGUCUACUUUAAGAAACUGGCCGCUUUAAUCCUCGAGUCUCACAAUGAUCUGGCUGAGCUCGAAGCUCUAUCCAUGGGCCGCCCAGUCUCUGGUUAUUUCGAGUCCUAUGCGGCUGCGGAUUCGCUAAACCACUACGCUGAAUCUGGUUAUCAGGCUCUUGGAACAUCGAGCUUGAAUACGCCUGGGUUUGUCAAUAUGACCAUGCGGCAGCCGUAUGGUGUCGUGGGUGCCAUCAUUCCCUGGAAUGUACCAGUUUUAUUCUGUAUCAACAAAACAGCCCCUGCGUUAAUUGCCGGAAAUACGGUCGUUCUCAAGAGUAGUGAGAAAGCCCCACUUACGUCUGCCAAAAUCGCAACUCUCGUGGAAAAGGCCGGGUUCCCCCCUGGUGUUUUCAACAUCAUUUCAGGCCAUGGCCAUAUUUCCGGCAAUGUCUUGUCGCACCAUAUGGACAUUCGUGUGAUCAGCUUUACUGGGUCUGGAAGGACUGGUCGUCUCAUUCAACAAGCGGCUGCUAAGUCCAACUUGAAGAAUGUCAUUUUGGAGCUAGGAGGGAAAUCUCCAGCGAUCAUCUUCCCAGAUGCAAAUCUCGAAAAAGCCGUACAAGAAACCAAGCACAGUAUCCAAUGGAAUUCGGGGCAAGUAUGCAUGGCAAAUUCGCGCAUCUAUGUUCACGAGUCGAUUGCUCCCAAGUUCAUUGAACUAUUCCAGAAAGGUUUUGCCGAUAUCAAGAGCGGGGAUCCACUACUACCAGAGACAAAUCACGGCCCGCAGGCUGAUGCAAUCCAGUAUAAGCAGAUCCAGUCAUAUAUUGAAGAGGGCAAGAAGACUGGCAAGAUGGUACUGGGUUCUGAACCGCCUCAGCAUCAGAGUGGAUUCUUUGUUCAGCCAACGGUCUUCCUUGAUACACCAGAAGAUGCCAAGGUCAUGAAGGAGGAGAUUUUCGGACCAGUUGUGAACAUCAACACAUUUAAGGACGAAGACGAGGUUGUGGCCAAGGCGAACGACACUGAAUUUGGUCUCUAUGCCGCAGUUUACACGAAGGACCUCAGUCGAGCUUUACGUAUGGCAAAGAAGCUGGAAUCUGGCAACGUUGGAGUGAACUGCACAAGCCCUACUGGCGCCCCGGAUAUGCCUUUCGGGGGCUAUAAAGCGAGCGGUGUUGGUCGUGAGGGUUGGACUGUCAGCCUUGAUAACUACCUAGAGGUCAAAACCGUAAUCAUACGAGUUGAUGAAGAAUGA